AUGGAUCCGUACGACAGCGAUUCCUCGGGUUUUGAUGAUGAGGGGGAUUUCACUGAGACCGGGGUGCUUCUGGGAUAUCCAUCCGAAGAAGUCAUAGAUGAUAGUAUCAGUCACCUUGGAGGCUGGCCGACAUGGCUUGACGAUUCUACCCCGCCCCCAGGUGAUUUCGCCAACUGCAAAGUGUGCAACAGUCCUAUGCUUCUCCUCCUUGAGUUGCACGGUGACCUUCCCGAUCAUUUCCCUGAUGAUGAGAGACGGUUGUAUAUAUUUGGAUGUCCUAGAAAGGCGUGCAAUAAGAAGCCAGGCAGCAUCAGAGCGUUGCGCGCAGUGAGGAAGCUCAAGGUCGAGCAGGCGCCACGGAAAACCGAAGAGAAGCCGAAGGAGGACAAACAAGAGAAGGUCGAGGCUCCGAAGCAGGAUCUAGGAGCGAGUCUAUUCGGGACUACCUCCCUCACUAGCAGUGUCUCCGCGAACCCGAAUCCUUUCUCAUCGAAUACAUCUUCAGGGUUUCCCAGUAACCCAUUUGCGGCUCCUACUGCAGCACCGACGCCAGCUAAAGAGACCUCAACUACAACACAAUCAACUACCACUCUUUCCGAGACCUUCGCCGACAAGGUCAGAGUCUCCUCUCCACCCCCAGAAACCAUGCCACCGGAAGCCGCUGGACCCGCUGCCCCUUGGCCUGAGAAGUCCGCCUUCCCAGCUCCGUAUCCGCAGUUUUACUUGGACGCCGAAUAUGAGACUCUUUCUCGACCCCCCACACCAACAAUACCUGCGAAUGUCACGAUAGAUAACACCGAAGAGGAGGAAACAGGCAAAGGAUCUUCUUCAGAUCUCAAGGAUGCCUUUGAGUCUGAGUUGGACAAGGCCUUUAUCCGAUUUUCAACACGUCUAGCACACAACCCAGAACAAGUUUUGCGCUAUGAAUUCCGUGGAUCUCCCCUCCUAUAUUCUUACACAGACGCUGUGGGCAAGCGACUCCACGACCCGAAGCAUGGCGCCUCCGGUUCGCGGGUGACGACUGUCACAAGUGGCGCCAGCCGGUUUCCACGCUGCGAGUACUGCGGUAGUGAACGCGUCUUUGAGCUACAGCUUGUACCGCACGCUAUUACUGUUUUAGAAGAGGGCCGCGAGGGAGUCGGGUUAGAGCCCAAGGAUGAUGCUGGUAUGGAAUGGGGCACCAUCAUCCUUGGUGUCUGCAGUAAAGACUGUGGGCCCAAACAGGUUGGAGUGGUUGGAUGGCGUGAGGAAUGGGCUGGCGUACAAUGGGAGGAGUUGACGAAAUAG